CGAGUCCACACAGAACAGCCGCAGUAGUGGCUGUAGUGCUAUUUUAAAACUGUAUACCAGCUGGAAUCUACGUGAAGGUGGCCUCUUCCCAUAAUCAUAAGGAAUAACUUCAUUUCCAUUCUAUAAGGUCCACCAGCAGCUGCAUCACAGCGGGACACAGCCAGCCAGCCUCGUAGGUCGCCGCCACCCUUCACUCUGGCCACACUCCAGGGUGAAGGGCCCAGAUGAAGUCCAGGAUCUUCCCUAACCUUGAUAUUCAUCCGGACAGCUAUUAAUUAAUUCAUCAGCUCAAACACUAUUUCUUAAGCAACAAGUGAUGGCAUGCCACUCUGAGAUGUUAGCUUCCCUUCCUGCAUCCAAAAGUCACCAGAGCAAUGGAAAUGAUGCCCACCACCGCCACCACCAGGCAAUGGGAGGUGGACGCCUUGGCCGGACCAUCCAGCGGACCUAUGUUGGGAGGCGGUCAGGGUGCUCGCAGCCUGUCUUCAUCCUUCUCCUGGUUCUGUCUGCGUUUGUCUUCAUCUUCUUUCAAAUGGCCAACUUAAUUCCUCGAAAGCCAACUCCACUGUUUGCUUGGACCUCCAGUGCAGAGCGAGACAUUGCUGUGUACGUGAGGCCCGACCGCCACACAGCACUGCUCCAGCCCACCAAGCUGUGUGAAGACCCCCCCUUUGUUAUCAUCAUGGUUCCCAGUGCCAUAAACAACAGCCUGGAGAGAGACACAAUCAGGAGGACAUGGGGACAGUGGGCCGGCACUGACCUCUCCCUGGUCCUUGCUGGCACCACUCAGCCACCACAGAAGAACAACAAGACCAUCAAGAAACAGCUCAACGUCCUCACAGUACAUGCUCCACCGCCCAGGAAGGCUAAGAUGGUGUUCCUGCUGGGGAGGGCUGCUGGGGACAGACCACUCAGCAACUCUGUGGUGGAGGAAAGCCGGCGGUUUGGUGACGUGCUGGUGGAGGACUUUGUGGACUCGUACACCAAUCUGACCCUGAAGACAGUGUUCAUGCUGAAGUGGGUCCAGCGGCACUGUGCCAAGGCUCAGUACGUCAUGAAGGUAGACGACGACAUCUUUCUCAACGUGCCUAACCUGCAGUACAGCCUCCUCAACAAGACAGCCACCACCUCCCUGCUGGCCGGCACCCUUAUCUGUGGUGCUCGGCCCAUCCACAACCAGUGGUCCAAGUGGUACACGCCGCGCUACAUGUUCCGAGAGGGCAAGUACCCAAACUAUCUUUCCGGUACGGGCUACGUCAUGUCUGGGGACCUGGUCAAGUCUCUCCUGGACACUGCGGUGACCACACCUUAUUUCCAUCUAGAGGACGUCUUCCUCACCGGAAUCUGUGCCAAAAAGAUUGGAGUUCGGCCGUCUGACAACAUCGGAUUCAGCUACCAGCCCCGGGCCAACAGUCCCUGUGUGUUCAAGGAGGUGAUUAUGGGCCAUGAGGUGGUGCCCGUGGAAAUGGCAAGACUGUGGAACAUGUUGAAUCAACCAAGUAUUCUGGCUAAAUGUAACCCUUUGAAAAAAUCUCAAAUUAGAAGUUACUUUCCAACUAAGUGUAGCUGGAGCUGAAACUUUUUGCAAGACUUUAUUGUUGAAGUUGCUGAAUGUUUCAGCAAUAUAUUUAUAUCUAUAUUUCUUCACACUAUUUAUCUGUACUUAAUGUGCUAUUCUCAACGAAAAGGAUAUUUUUAGAUACUGCUAGACAACUAUUGGCCUUGAAGCAUUAGACUCAUCUUGCAUUUGCUGCUUUCUCAGUAAACAUUUGCACGUCCUGCUAACAGUGAGACACCCUAGUACACUCUCCAACCCUCAGUCUUGUCCUGAGGUUGUGAGAGGUGCAGUGUCAUGGCAGAUGCUGAAAGGAGGAGGCCUUUGCUUCGUUUUAAUGGGAGGAACAAUGAGAUGUUUUAACUAGUAGUAAUACAAAGUAGUUUAUGGCAGUCCUCCAUCUUGUGUGUGGAGAUUUAUGACAAAAAGAAAGAAAACUUUUAACUAGUUAGAAAAAUAGUUUUAAUAUUUAUUCAGAUUUUUAUCCAAAGAGGCUGUGUACAUAGCUGAUAGCUUUUGCAGAGUUAAAAGUGCCAUUGUAUUCCCACACAACACAAGGCAAGCUCUGAUUUUUGGUGGACAUCUGCACUACCAAGUUUUAGAGUUAAGUGUUAGGUAUUGAGUCAGUCCACCAUCCUCAAUCAAAUCAUUGGUGAUAAACUGCAACUGUAAAGAUUCUCACUGUGCUGAAUCUCGAUGAUACCUGAGCAAUCUGUGUCUGUGAUAAACAAGUGAAGAAGUCUGUUAUGAAGAGUUCUAUGAAGACAGCUGUUCACUAUCACAACACAAGCACCUAGUCACAAUGGCCUUGCUUUGUUGCUGACCUAUACUAGUCUUUUGUAUGCUGUGGCACUCUGCCAUAAUUGUUAUACAGUAUACUGCUGUGCAUUAUGUCGGUAUACAAUAAUAUAAUGUGCUAUGAGCCACUUAAAGAUAUAUGUAAAUGCACGCACACACAUUGCACACACUGAAGCGUUAAGUGUUGGUGCCUCAGUGUUUGCUGAGGGUGAGGCAAGUCCACUGGGUCUGUGAAGUGGUGGUGGUGGUGGUGGAGUGUGCCUAGGCGUGUCUCUCCUGCCACGACAUUUCCACUGUCUCAUUUAGGACUAGAAUCGGGUGUCCUCAGGAAGACUUGUGUUGUAUUUAGGGAGAUUGUUGACCUAUUAUAAUUUAUUUCUUGUCACAUAAUCUCUCUCUCUCUCUCUCUCUCUCUCUCUCUCUCUCUCUCUCUCUCUCUCUCUCUCUCUCUCUCUCUC